AUGCCGACAACAUUCCAAACUCUCAUGAUCGUCAUCUUCGCUAUCUGCGCCAGCCAUCUUAUCACCGGCUACUUCAAGAGCCUUGUCGCCACAGCCGUCUUGUUUCUGUACCUCGCAGCCUUGUUCUUCCUUGUGGUCGGCAUCGUCUCCUUCCAAUGGCACACAAUCAACUUCAAUCACCGUGCACAAUUUGCUCGUCUUGUAGCCGAAACAGAGAGGAUGAACCGAGACGAUGACCACUCUCGAAGUUUCUGCAUGGCACAAGAGAAAUUCAGUCACGACUACGCAAGGCGAAGUGAAAGACUUUGGCAAGAAGAACAAAGACGCAAUCUCGAAGAGUUUCGCCGCCAUCAUCAGCAAACUUCUAGUACAUCGGCAAUGCAAGCGGCUUUCACGAGUUGGCGUCAGGACUGUCGAACCUUGCUACAGACACCCGAGCUCAUUACCGAUAUGCCUCGACUGCCUUGCCUGCCUUGCCUGCCUUGUCCAAAAGGCCAUUGUGACUCAAGACCAACUCAUAUCGGAGUGUGCUCUCAUCGCUUGAAGAAACUCUACGAGACAUCAAAAUUGGAGGAGAAAGAGUUGAAGGAUGAAUUGGGGCUUUGGCAUCCCAAUGGAGCGAAGGUGAAUCAAGUGGGAGCGGGUGGCAGGAAACAAAUCCUAGAGAUGGCGAAUGAGAUUGCGCAUGUACUGCAAGAGGUACUGGAGGACUUAUGA